ACAGUGCAGUUGUUUCUCUUUCAGUGCCUCAGAGUGCUGCUGUUAGUACCUGGCCAAGGCCUGCACCUGAAGACUGAGAGCCUCUUAUUCAUUCUACUCCGUUUCAUCUGCUGGCGCUUGUUCUAAGAACAGCUGGGCAAUUUAGUCCUGAAACCCUGUAUCACCAUGGUGCGUGCCUGUGGUCUGCUCACUCACCAAAAUCAACCAGUUGCACUGAAGAACAUCUCUGUGACUGUGUCCAUCCGUGAGUUUGUAGCUGGUGUGUCUGCAACCUUACACUAUGAGAAUGAGGAAAAGGUCGCUUUAGAGGCCUUCUUUGUGUUCCCCAUGGAUGAAGAUUCUGCUGUCUAUACCUUUGAGGCCUUGGUGGAUGGGAAGAAAAUUGUGGCAGAGUUACAGGACAAGAUGACGGCCCACACCAACUAUGAGGAUGCCAUCUCUCAGGGAUACCAGGCUUAUCUACUGGAAGAGGACAAGUGCUCCAGGGAUGUCUUCUGUUGCAAUGUAGGCAACCUCCAACCUGGGUCAAAGGUGGCACUCACCCUGAGGUACGUGCAGGAGCUGCCCCUGGAAGCAGAUGGGGCCCUGCGCUACGUGCUCCCGGCUAUCCUGAAUCCUAGGUACCAUCUUUCUGGAGUGACCGAGGACAGUUGCCUUGAUAUGAAGGCUCCUGUAGUGCCUUUGGAGAACCUGCCCUACACACUUACCAUGGUCGCCUCCAUCAGUUCUCAGCAUGGAAUUGACAGGGUCCAGUCCAACUGCCCCUUGAGUCCUGUGGAGUAUCUUGAAGGUGAUAAGACUUCUGCGCAGGUUUCCUUGGCUGAAGGACACAAGUUUGAUAGGGACGUGGAACUUCUGAUUUACUACAGUGCGGUGCACAGCCCCAGUGUCACUGUCGAGAUGGCAAUGCCUGAAAGGAAACCAGAUAGUUUGAUGGGAGAUCCAGCCGUCAUGGUGAGUUUUUACCCAGAUAUUCCAGAAGCUGAUGCAUCAAUGAUCUGUGGGGAAUUCGUCUUCCUCAUGGACCGCUCAGGAAGCAUGGGUACCCCUAUGAAUAAGCAGGACAGGUCUCAGCUGCGCAUAGAGGCAGCCAAGGAGACACUGAUUUUGCUGUUGAAGAGUUUGUCGCUAGGCUGUUAUUUCAACAUUUAUGGAUUUGGAUCUUCCUUUGAGUCAUUCUUUCCGGAGAGUGUGAAGUACACUCAGCAAACAAUGGAGGAGGCAGUGGAGAGAGUUCAGCUCCUACAAGCAGACCUAGGGGGCACCGAAAUCUUGACACCACUCCAGACAAUUUUCAGGGGACCCUCCAUCCCUGGUCACCCCCUACAGCUUUUUGUCUUCACUGAUGGAGAAGUUGCUGAUACAUUUAGUGUAAUUAAAGAAGUUAAAUUCAACAGCAAGAAACACAGAUGUUUCUCAUUCGGUAUUGGAGAAGGUGCUUCCACCAGCUUAAUAAAAAGCAUUGCUCGAGUAUCAGGGGGCACUUCAGAGUUUAUCACUGGCAAGGACAGGAUGCAGUACAAGGUUCUUAGGACCCUGAAGCGUUCUCUCCAGUCUGUGGUGGAAGACGUCUCCCUGAGCUGGUAUCUGCCACCUAACCUGACUGCUAACAUGCUUUCACCAGAGCAGACUGUCAUUUUCAGGGGUCCGAGGUUAAUUUUCUAUGCCCAACUGACUGGGGUGGUGCCGCCAGAGGAAACUACAGGGGAAGUGGGCCUCAAGUAUACAUUCCAGGACAAAAAUAUUGAGCAGAAGGUGACAUUUUCUCUACAACCCAAAUAUGACUCCAACCUCACUAUUCAUCGCUUGGCUGCAAAAUCCUUGAUCCAGACAAAAGAUAUGGGUUUCAGAGAGACAUCAGCCAGAGAAAGAAAAGAUGUGUUGAACAUCAGCAUGGAAUCUGGAGUCAUGAGUUCCUUCACAGCUUUUAUUGCUAUAAACAAAGAGCUCAACCAGCCAGUUCAGGGGCCCCUGGUGCACAGGGAGAUUCCAAGGCCUAUUUUGUCUGCAUUGCCAACAAUUUCUUUUCAUAGCUCUCCUGAAAGAAGGUGCCUCUCUGCUUCACCUAGGACCCUUAAACUAUGUGGGACUAUGGCAUUCUCAAAGAAGAGUCAGCUUCUUGAUCAAGUUGUACAGCAAAGUUCUAGUAAUGGCCAGAAGAUUAAAUGUAAGCGUAACCUGGAGUCCAUCCAUCCCAUGAAAAAGACUCAUUCUUCAACGUGUGAAAACAAUUUGCAAAGUAACUGUAAAGGAAAUGACAUUGUGCAACUGAUUUUCCUCCAAAAUGCAAAUGGUUCCUGGCAUCUGAAUGAAGAUCUGGCCCAGGUCUUAGGUAUGAACUUGGAAGACAUAAAGGCUGCACACCCUACCAAGCAUGUGGUGGACUCCUCAGUCUGGGCCACAGUCCUUGCUGUGGUCUGGCUGCAUACCAAUGGGAUGGACCGGGAGAGUGAGUGGGAUCUUCUGGAAAGAAAGGCCAGGGCCUGGAUUCACACCCAUGCAGGCUCUGCCACACACAAGAUUGUGAAAGCAGCUAAUGCACUCUUGAAGUCUUCUGUGGAUCCUGCUAUCUUUACCCUCUGAGAAUACCACUCAAAAAAGAAGUGCUUCUCUUUGAUUGCCCACUUCCUGUACCAUCUCUUGUACUAUAAUAUGUUUUUGUGUUUUAUACUUUUCUUUUGUAUUGCUUGCCAUAAAAGUAAAGGAUGUCCACACUGCCUGCCUCACUCUUGCAGGUACCUUUAGAUGUCAUCUUUUCCCCCCAAUAUGUCCCUUCACAAAAGUGAUGGUAGUUUCUAAACCUGUUCUCUUUUUUGUAGUUAAAAGCAUUCCUAUUCAGUAAUAUUUCUCCUAGAUUUUCCAGAGUGAUGUCAUAAAAGCCAAGUUAUAGAGGCUCCAGAUUAAGGAUUUCUGCUUUGAUGUUAGAGCGUGCCUGACAUAGAGAAAUUGCUACAUUGCAUCUAUCUAUUCACCAUUUUCUCAUUCUAGGGUGCUGGAAAUUGAGCCCAAGACCUUAGAUAUCCCAGGCAAGACCUCUACCUGUGAGCUACAUCUCUAAAGUUUCUAUUUAGUUUUGGGUGAAACUUGAAAUUUUCCAUCCUAGAAGGAAGAUUUAAAAAGUUGAAAGCCAACACAAGGCCAGUAAUCACCAAGAUCACAAAGAAAGAGACUCAAGUGGCCCCCUUAGAUAUUAGCACCAUUGUGAAUCUUCUCGAUUAUUUCUGCUUAAACUUUGUUAGCUUAUUCCUCAUGCCUUCUUGCCACUACCUAUGCAACUUGAGUUGAGCUGUACUCGUGGGAGAUUAAUGUUUUUUCUUAUUCAUCAGUUGUCCUGUUAGAGACCGAUUAUGGCAUCCUUGGACUUAGCCUGAACCUAUGUGGACUCCAGGCUCUGUUGUAAUAAA